AUGGAUAAGAAACAAAAUUUAUCACCACCGCCAUCGCCACCACUUAAAAAUAGAGCAUUUUUUCGUUAUCAACCUCCACCACAACCGAUGACGGCUGAAGAUGAAAAUGAGCUGUUAAAAAAAUUACAAGGAUUUCAAUAUAUACCACCAGAAGAGAUUGGAAAAAGCAUAUGUCGUCACUGCUUAAACGAUUUAACACAUGCUGGGUGGUGUGGGGAGUGCGAACAGCGUGAAUUUGCAAGAAAUUGGCAGAAAUUGGAUAGCGGGAAUCCUGAAGUGAAUUCAAUCAUCGCGGAUACACAAUUUAAAACGAAAAACAUGUUCACCUUUUUGGAAUGGAUUUCACCCAAGAAAAUAUAUCGUAUUCCCGGAAUUGUUGGUACUGGUGGAACUGGUUAUGUUACGGCAGGUUUGUGGAUCGAUGGACCGAGGAAGUCAGUUCAGAAGGAUGACAAUCCACGGUCUGGACCAAUCAACGUAGCGUUGAAAGCUUUUAAGUCUCCGAAAUAUUUUAUUAAAGAGCUUAAAGCAAUACAAGAAUGGUUACUAAAUUUUAAUGAGUUUGGUCGUGAGGAUUUCGAACGAGCGUUGAAAUACGUUGUACGAUGUUAUGGAGUCACAUUUAAUCCAGCAACUUCAUCAUAUGAAUUAGUAUAUCAUUUAGUAAAAGACGGGACAUUGAGAGAAUAUUUAGAUACAAAAUGGACAUUAUUAUCAUGGCAAGAGAAACUUCGACUCACAAAAGACCUCGCACUAGCACUCCAACUAUUUCACAAACGGAAUUUAGUCCACGGUGACUUUCAUUCUGCUAACAUUCUAAUGAAUAACAAUGUGCCAGUGAUCAUUGAUCUAGCACAAUGUUGCUCGGAAGAAACCGCAAAAUCCGUACAAAAACUUCCGUUUGGUCUAGUUCCGUACGUAGCGCCCGAAGUCUGGUGUCAAGCACCGUACACGAAAGCCGCCGACGUUUACAGUUUCUCCGUGAUCAUGUUUGAAAUUGCGACCGGGUGUCGUCCGUUUGGUGGGAUAGCACACGGGUUAACUCUAAAAAAGGCGGUGGUUCAAGGAAGGCGACCGACUAUUGCUUACGGGUCGGGAAUCCCGAAUUGUUACGUAGAUUUGAUAUAUCAGAACUGGAGUCAUGAUCCUGAGAAACGGUUUACCGUCAAUCAGAUUCUGAUUAAUGUUUGUAGAUGGUACGGCGCGUUACUGAAGAAAAACGAUGCCGACAUAAUGGAGGAUUUCUAUAAGGCGGAGAGUCGUAGAGUUAAAAUCCUUGCGGAAGAUGAACAAUCAUUGUUACAUGUACUUGGUGGGCAUCCUCAGGCUACUUAUACUAGUAGAUUGUUAGACGAUAGUACGCUUCGUAAACAGGUUUAG